AUGUAUAUGUCUGAUGCUAUUCACAGAAUGUACAAUCUAGAUGAUUAUGACGAAGAUGAAGUUAGUGAUUGUGAAGAUUGUUUCGAUCAGUCUUGUCAAUGUCAACUAACUAGUCAAUCAGAUGGAACUAGUGUCAGUGCGUUCACUGAUACUUUACAAGAGACCAGUGAUAAGGAAUUGUAUCAAGAAUUACCAUUCUAUCCAUAUGAAACUGGAGAACCACUUGAAGAUUCAACAUUUGAAUUGUUAUUGGACGGACAAAUCAUUGAAAAGUCUGCCAAUGAUGGGUUCUUUGGGUUUCAUCAUAUUACUAUUGUUACUUCAUCUGCUAAAAACUUAUCGAAACUAUUUCAAUUAACUAUGGGGUUUGAAGAGAUUGCUUCAAAGACUCUAGAAACAGGUUCUAGAUCAAUUGCAGCUCAUGUUAUAAGGAAUGGAGAUAUUGUGAUUGAGUUUGUUAACACAUUAAAUCCUCCUCCAAAUAAUCCAUCAAUGUUACCACAACCAUAUCAGAAAUUGAUUGAUACCAAUCUUAGAUACGAGGAAUUAAAAGCUGAUGUUCAGAGUCAUCUCCACGAUUCCAUUGGCAGAUUAUUCCAAAGGCAUUUAUAUAAUUCGAAUGAGACUUUCGAAAUUCUUCACAAAGAUAUUGAAGGAUUUACUGAUAGAGCUUUUGAUGAAUUUUAUUCCACUACAGUAACAUCAAUUGAAGAUAAAAUUGAUUUGUACGAGUUGCUGGAAUAUUUGAAAAACCACGGUGAGGGAAUAAUUGAUAUUUCUUUUAAGGUUAAGAGCGUUGAUAAGAUUUUCCAACGAGCUGUAAAGUUCGGAGCUAACGUUUUGAAAUAUCCGAAGAUCUCCGUUGAUCAAUAUGGCUCAGUAAAGAUGGCUACCAUAGUUAUCCCAGGAACAGAUAUACGUCAUACAUUGAUAGAAAAUAUCGAUUAUGUAGGUAAUUAUUUACCUCAUUACAGUAAUGAAUUUUUCCCCAAAAUUGGAUUCAAUUCAAUUGAUUUAUCUGCCAUUGAUCAUUGUGUAGAAAAUUAUUCCUGGAAACAAAUGCUGUUUCAUGCAAGGUUAUAUGCUGAGAUUUUCGGAUUUAGGAAAUUUUGGUCAGUGGAUGAAAAAGAUAUUUCCACUGAUAAAUCAUCUUUGAGGUCAACAGUCAUGGCAUCAAGCAAUGGCAAGAUCAGAAUACCCAUCAAUGAACCUUCAAAAGGAGCAUUCAAAUCUCAAAUCGAAGAAUUCUAUGAUUAUAACUGUGGGCCUGGGGUUCAACAUAUGGCCUUAAGGACAGAUAAUAUAAUUGAAACAGUUAGAAAGAUGAAGAGAAAUGGAGUAUCAUUCAAUAAUGCUCCAGAAAACUACUAUGAACGAUUAGCCAAUAGAAUGAAACAAUGCCAUGCAUCAAUCUAUGAAGACUUUGAACAAAUCAAAGAGUUGGGCAUUCUAAUUGAUUUCGAUGAAGAAAGUUGUGGCCCAAAUAGGAAAUGUAAUUACAUUUUACAGAUUUUCACUCACCCCCUUAAUGAUCGGCCAACACUUUUCAUUGAAAUCAUUCAAAGACAUCAUCAUAAUGGAUUUGGUAAAGGAACUUUCAAAGGGUUGUUCGAAACAAUUGAACAUCAACAAAGACUAAGAGGAAAUCUUGUUCCAUCAGAUCGGUCAUAA